GUGAGGCAGAGGGAGAGAGAGAAGAUUUAGGAAUUCGUCUGCAGACCUGAGGCUGCGCUGUUACAAAAUAAUGGCCUAGCAGUCCAGCUAGCUGCUAGUGUUUCCUCGUGCAUUUGUGUGUGCUUUGGGUUAUGAGCAGCGGUAAGACGCCGCGCUACAACAGAUACUCCGGAGGAUCAGCAGCAGCCGCCAUAGCAGCCAUCCCCAGCGGUCCCUCCACCACCCCAGCCGACUCCAGCAGCGGGAGCAAGAUGGAGGCUUCAUUUGGCCCUACCUUCUCAGCCGUGGCUGCUGGAAGUAAAGCAGAAGGGUCCAGCACCUACAAGCAGCAUAGAAGAACUCCCUCCUCCUCCAGCACUCUAACCUACUCUCCCCGGGAUGAUGACGAUGGAAUGCCUCCCAUUGGUACUCCUCGAAGGUCGGAUUCAGCCAUCUCAGUCCGAUCUCUCCAUUCUGAGUCCAACAUGUCUCUUCGCUCCACUUUCUCUCUGCACGAAGAGGAGGAGGACACGGAGCCCCAGGUUUUUGCUGAACAGCCGUCAGUAAAACUGUGCUGCCAGUUGUGCUGUAACGUCUUCAAGGACCCCGUCAUUACCACAUGUGGCCACACCUUCUGCAGACGAUGUGCCUUGACUUCAGACAAGUGCCCAGUGGAUGCAGCUAAGCUAACGGUUGUAGUGAACAACAUUGCGGUAGCCGAGCAGAUCGGAGAGCUCUUCAUUCACUGUAAAUACGGCUGCAGGGCGACAGCCGGCGGUGCAGGCGGGGCUGCAGCCUCCACCUCCACAGUGGCUGGGAAACCUGGAGCGUACGAGGUUGACCCACUCGGGUGUCCGUUCACCAUCAAACUGUCUGCACGCAAAGAACAUGAGGCCAGUUGUGACUACAGGCCAGUUCGCUGCCCCAACAACCCCUCCUGCCCCCCGCUGCUCACCAUGAACCUGGAGGCUCACCUCAAAGAAUGUGAGCACAUCAAAUGUCCACACUCCAAAUACGGCUGCACGUUCAUUGGUAACCAGGACACAUAUGAAACACACCUGGAGGUGUGUAAAUUUGAGGGUCUGAAGGAGUUUCUGCAGCAGACUGAUGACAGGUUCCAUGAGAUGCAGCUGACUCUGGCCCAGAAGGACCAAGACAUUGCUUUCCUGCGCUCCAUGUUAGGCAAACUGUCUGAGAAGUUAGAUCAGCUCGAGAAAAACCUGGAGCUCAAAUUUGAUGUGCUGGACGAGAACCAGAGUAAACUGAGCGAGGACCUGAUGGAAUUUCGCAGAGACGCCUCCAUGCUUAACGAUGAGUUGUCCCACAUCAACGCCAGGCUCAACAUGGGAAUCCUGGGCUCAUACGACCCCCAGCAGAUCUUCAAGUGUAAGGGGACAUUUGUUGGCCACCAGGGUCCCGUUUGGUGUCUGUGUGUCUACUCCACUGGAGACCUCCUCUUCUCUGGAUCCUCAGAUAAGACGAUCAAGGUGUGGGACACCUGCACCACCUACAAGUGUCAGAAAACCCUGGAAGGUCAUGAUGGCAUCGUACUGGCUCUGUGUAUCCAGGGAAACAGGCUAUACAGUGGCUCUGCAGACUGCACCAUCAUUGUGUGGGACAUCCAGACCCUACAGAAAGUCAACACUAUUCGUGCCCAUGACAACCCUGUAUGCACACUGGUCUCCUCCCACAACAUGUUGUUCAGCGGCUCCCUCAAGGCCAUAAAGGUGUGGGACAUCGUGGGCACGGAGCUGAAGCUGAAGAAGGAGCUGACCGGUCUGAAUCACUGGGUUAGAGCGCUGGUGGCCUCCCAGAACCACCUGUACAGCGGCUCGUAUCAGACCAUCAAGAUUUGGGACAUCCGGUCUCUGGAGUGCGUUCACGUCCUGCAGACCAGCGGGGGCAGCGUCUACUCCAUCGCCGUCACCAACCACCACAUCGUCUGUGGCACUUAUGAAAACCUCAUCCAUGUGUGGGACAUAGAGUCUAAAGAGCAGGUGCGGACCCUGACAGGUCAUGUGGGAACAGUUUACGCUCUUGCUGUCAUCUCCACUCCUGACCAGACCAAAGUGUUCAGCGCCUCCUACGACCGCUCGCUCAGGGUGUGGAGCAUGGACAACAUGAUCUGUACCCAGACCCUGCUGAGACACCAGGGCAGUGUGACGGCGCUGGCCGUCUCCAGGGGACGCCUCUUCUCUGGAGCUGUCGACAGCACCGUCAAGGUGUGGACAUGCUAAGCAAACAGUUUGCUCUGCAGGAGUCCAGUCGACCUCCCAUGACUCUAUGAACGGUAACCUUUCCACGCGAUUUCCUCCUCCACACCUGUUUCAUUGAUUGUGAUUUAACGGCCACAGACCAAUAAUAACCGCCACUUCACGAUCAAGCUGCAUCGGAACUAUUUUACUAAGUGUUGCUUUUAAAACUUCAGACAAACAGCCCGACGCCCGGACUGUUAGGGCUGAGGGUCAGCUCGGGGUCACGCUCCGUAGUGACCUCAUCACCAGUGCAUUAUGGGGCAAAUUAAGACAAGCUGCCUUACAGUUGCACCGCACUGCGCCAAAACCAAGCGACCGGACGCUGCAUCCCUGUCAUCAGAGCAGGACGCAGAGAGUUUCUCAAACUGUAGAUGGUCCUGCCUGCUUCCUGCGGACACACCUGCCAUUUCAGAACUGUUCUGAUGAUGCAUACUGUUCAAAUAAGUCUAAGGGCUGGUUUCACAAUCAUGGAGUGACACCACAACACUGCAAAUGUAUGUUACCCCAGAACGCACCAGGACAAUGACAAGACAUUCAUACUGGGACUAGGUUGUUUUGUGCAAAUGUAGCAGCAGCAGUUUUAUGUUAAAAUGCAAGUGAAGAUAAAUUCUCUUCCCACAUAUUUACAUUUGCUGGUUGGAGGUCAAAAAUGAGCCGCCCUGCAGCUGCUGUGCAUCUGAUGUGUUUUCACACAGACUUACCGUUUGUACUGACGGUAACGGCCUGGCUCUGCGAAAGCUGUCAGGCAAAAGCACAGGACUGCGUGAGUGGAGAUACGUGAUUGUAGCGGGAAUCCAGAAACUGAAAGUCGUCUAGAAACAGUGUCAUCGUCACAUAGUUUGUCCAUCAGAGUGUGAUGACAAGUUUAUUUUCAUACUGGAAAACAUCCCGCUCAUGUAUCUCUGUCACAGAUCUUUAGAAAAAUAGAUCAAUAAUUGAUAUAAUAAUUGUUCAUGUUAAAAAAAAAACCCUACUAAUUACCAACAGCUGUUAAGAUUUCUUUUCUUUUUUCCUCCCAAGUAUUGACAAAAAUCCAUUAUUGGUCAGGCUAUAGAAACCACGGUGACACGUGUACACGUCAGCACAUGGUUGCAGAAUUUUUCGCCCAUAGCUGAGGUUUGCACCCGUCAGUCCGGUUGAGCUGCACGUAGAAACCCGGGGGUGAAUUUUACAUCAAGUAGUACGAAUGAGAAACAGCAAAGAUCAAAGCAUAUCUCAGCGAGCAUCGGGAUGGGAUGAACCCUGAACAUUAAGGAAUCCUGCGCUCUCUGACCAACUCGUGUGUCGAUGCUAACGUCGACUGAGCAGCAUCGAAAAUGAACAAAAGACAUUUCCACUUGUGAGCGGAGGAUGUCCAGACGAAGACGGUUUGUCUCUUACGGCUCAGUUUCAGUUCUUUGUGGGACAAGUGCACACGUGGAACACGGACCGCCCCCCCCCCUGCUUGUUCAUUGUGGCGUCGCCCAGUGGAGCUCUGUGAAACCAGCCUUUAUAAAACACCUUUUAAUAAGUGAAGACUUUAAAGAGAAGGAGAGAUCUAUAGAUUUACUGAGUUUUAUAUUAGUGCCAUGAUAGAGCUGUAUUCAGAGCCACUCAACAGUUGUACAGUUGUGUAAAAUAACAGAUGGUGCCGAGCCCGGACGUGUGCUGGCCUAUGUGACAGAGAGGGACAGGGAGAGGGAAGACGCUGUGUGUGCAUGUAUGUGUCUGUGUAUAUGUGAGCGUGCGUCAAUGAGUGCCAUAUGUGUGGAAGACAAGUAAGGACAGACUGUAAUGAUGUGUCUUUCUCUCCCCUCUUCCUGCGCCCUCCCCCUCUCUGACCUCUAACCUCAACUGGUUAGAGGAAACAUGACUACAGAUUAAUACUGAUUGUUGUUUUUUGACUAUAACACUCGAGGGACUUCCAGUGAAAGCAAGCAGUUGAUUGUGUGUGAUGAACCUUAGAACUCCCAGAGGCAAAUGCAGAGUAAGUGCCAUUGAGCUUUCCCAAAUUAUGUUUCUGGACCCAUAUUGGGUUGAAAGUGUGAACAAUGACUAAAUAUGCCUUGGAGGGUAGUUUUAAUUCCAUGAGGUCAUGCACAUCCAGACCCGAAUUAGGUUUUCGCAGAUGUUCAGAGGUAUUUUGCCUUCACGUCAAUGCCGAUCUGGCCACUACUUACUCUUAACCUUGGUGAGGAAGGCGGUGGGGAAGAGAGGAAGCGUCUUCACUGGUCACAGUUUCAGUGAUUUCUUGUAUACUUGUAAUCAUUUAAGCCUAAGUUGAUCAUUGAUCAAUAAAACUGUUGUAC